AGAAUACAAUUGGGCUUAAAGCCUAACCCACACAAAUGAAACCCUAGCUAUAUAAACUAGUCUCAAAGCGUUGCCUUCGUCUGUCGUCUGAGCAAACCACACUAGAGAAAGAAGCAGGAGGAUCUCCAUUCUCCGCCAUGCCGUCACACAAGUCAUUCAUGAUCAAGAAGAAGCUUGCGAAGAAGAUGAGGCAGAAUAGGCCCAUUCCUCACUGGAUUCGCAUGAGGACUGACAACACCAUCAGGUACAAUGCAAAGCGCAGACACUGGCGUAGGACUAAGCUUGGAUUCUGAGGUGUUUACGAUUUUGAAUUAUGUGUUUUUUUAUUAUUGUAAUAGGGAUUUUGAUGAUACCCUUGUUUAUUGACAAAUUAAUUUUGUAGUUUAACUUUAAUUUUGUUUUGGUAAGAAAAUGUUGGGUUAUCGUUAA